GGACAUUGAGGCAGGCUAGCAGCAGCCGGCUGACUCAACCUUCAGUUUUCACUCUCAGCGCUCCGCCGCCGUCCAAACGGAUCAAUCCGACCGCGCGGGGACGGGGCUCUCUUUGACUGAGACAUGGACACCAGCGGACAGCAUCUCGCGGUGUAGCCAGGCGGAUCCGUCAGAGAACCAUGGAGCCGGAUGUGAUCCGCAUGUACUCGUCCUCCCCGCCCCCGAUGGAGGACGGCGCGGACGAGGACGACAACGAGUUCGGGGACUUCGGCACCUUCUCCAGCGUCCCAAACAGCGUCAGCUUCACCGAAUUCGACACCCCGACCACUUUCAACCAGUCCCGAGCUCUCGGCGCCACUUCCCCGCCCGAAGUCCUCCACAGCAGAGGAGAGACGAGAUUCAGUCACGCUUCCUCCAACGGCACAGCGACGACUGUUCCAGACUAAUGGCGUUGUGCGGCAGAUCGCCUGAGCAGCGCCCCCCCAGACAGAAAUGCCAUGAAAAAGGUCGGGUCGCCGGCGUGCGUCACCGCCGGCGGCUCGGAGGUGCUAACUAACGGGUUUGCGACCUUCGAUGUUCAGGGCAGCCCCCCCUCGCAUAAUUCUGUCCCCUCCCACGUAAAAGGAAUGUCCACCGAGGACACGGGCGUCACCCCCGAGGACGACUUUGCUGACUUUGCUGCUUUUUCCAACGCAGCGGGACACCUCAGCCCGGCGGGCGGCGAGCACUACGACACAGAGCGGCAGGGAGCGACGUCAGAGGACAAUGUCAGGGACAAUGUCUCACAAACGGACAAUGUCAAAGACGAUGUCAGAAACGCACACAGAACUGGAGUCAACUCCUCCGGCCGUGACUCCUUAUCUGAUCACGCUGAGGCCCCCGGCGGCUCGUGCAACACGGACCGGGGCCCCGAGGACGCGGACCGGGGCCAUGAGGACGCGGACUGGGGCCCUGAGGACGCCAGCCUGGGCCUUGAGGAUGCGGACCGGGGCCCUGAGAACGUGGACCGGAACCAUGAGGAUGCGGACCGGGGCCCCCAGGACGCGGACCGGAACCAUGAGGACGCAAGCCGGGGUCCUGAGGACGCGGACCGGGUUCCUCCCGCGGAUGCCGGGUCUCCACCAGGGGACGCCUCGGAGGCGGUUUGCACUCACAGACCCCGCUCUCUGGACGUUGUCGACGGGGACGACCCCAAAGACCCAGCGGGCCGCAGCGAGGGCGACCUCUCGCCGGACUGCGAGGCGGGAGAGUCGGACGGGAAGUGCUCUGGCAACGAGACGGAGACAGAAACGGAGACGUCGCUGGGCCGGCCGCUGUCGACGGACGCUCUGGAGGAGUUUGGCGACAUGAGCACCACGGGCUCGGUUCCGUCUCCGCCCCUCCAAGGCGAGACCCCCACGCCGGCUGACCACAGCCAGCUGGCGGAGGACGAGGACGACUUUGGGGACUUCGGGGACUCCGGUCAGGGCUUCGAGCAGCCUUUGGACUUGGACCGGCCGGAUGUGCGGAGUGGGUCGAACAGCCCCGCCGCUGCUCAGGAAACAAACGACGAAGACGACUUCGGCGACUUCAACUCGCCCAGAUUUCACGCCGGCGAGGAGGACGCAGAGGACGGAGGCCAGUUCGCCGACUUCCCCGUCAGCGACAGUUUCGGGAAUUUCAACUCGGUGGCCGACGGCGCAGACGGGGAGGCGGCCGCAGGGUGGAGCGCCUUCGGGGAGCAGCAGCACCCACAGGUGGAGGAGGAGGAGGAGUCCUGGGCUGCGUUCAGCGAGGACCAGAGCGUCGCUCCUCCUGCCGAGAGGAGAGCAGAGGAGGAGGAGGAGGAGGAUGAGGAGGAAGAUGAGGAGUGGCAUGAGAGUGAACUUCCAGCAGUCAGCGAGGAAACGGACCGACAGUCGGCGACGCUGUCGAGCCGCCUGGAGAAGCUGUUUCAGGGCAGCUUCCCUCGGACCGCCGCGCCGCCUGUGGACGACGAGGUGGCGUCCCUCAGGAUCCUGCUGGAGCCGCCGGAGGACAAACCUCAGCCGGGGGCCGAGGAGGAGGAGGAGGCGGAGGAGGAGGCGGCGUUGCCAGGCAACCGGUCUGCGCGGGGCGGCGUGUGGAUGCAGCUUCAGGACGUCCACGAGGCUCUCGGCCUCAGAUACCAGUGGGGGGGCUCCUACUGCAACAAAGCGCUGCUCUGCUGCCUCGGCAUCGACACCCGCAACAUCCUGUUCACGGGGCAGAAGAAGCAGCCGGUCAUCGUGCCCAUGUACGCCGCCAGCCUGGGGAUGCUGGAACCAACCAAAGAGCCUGUGAAGCCCGUCUCUGCAGCGGAGAUGAUCGCCUCUAUAGCCCAGGCGCCUCCAGUGGCUCCGGAGACCAGCUCCUGUCUCUCGGACGCAGUCCAGCAGGAGGCGCUCCCCCCCGUCCAGUUCGACUGGAGCAGCAGUGGCCUUACCAACCCUCUGGACGCGAGCGGAGGCUCGUCUCUGUUAAACCUGGAUUUCUUUGGUCCUGUGGAGGAUUCAGGCUCCAGCAGCUCGCCCUCCAUCCCAGGAGUCGACCCGGAGCUCUACGAGCUGACCACGGCCAAGCUGGACUCGGGCGGCUCGGGCAGCCGCGUGGCGGACGCCUUCGCCCGCCUCAUGUCCACCAUGGAGAAGACCAGCACCUCCACCAGGAAGCCGAGGAAAGAGGAGAACCUGAGCGAGGAGGCGGCCAAAGUGAUCGGCCGUCUGCCCGACCUCUCCUUCAUGCAGGCCAAGGUGCUGAUGUUCCCCGCCACGCUGACGCCACUCAGCUGCCAGGCCGCUGCAGACUGAAGCCCUGCCCCCAAACCUGCCCCCAAACCCGCCCCCUCUGCCCGCUGGCUCCUCCCGCCGACGGGCUCCAUCUUAAGUUUUACUUCACCUUCUUUGUUUUUCUUCUCAUGCUGCAUUUUAGUUCCCUCCCCCCUUCAUAAUUUUUUAUUUUGUUUUAUUUAUUUGCUCUUUUGCUUAUAAACUUUUUUUUUUUUCUUAUAUAUAAAGCGAAGCACCUAUGAUCACAGGAAACAGCGCAGAGAGCUGAGCCGACGACCUGCACACCUAACGGGAAAAAGGAGAUUAAUUAAUUUAUAGAGUGGAUAAUUUAUAGUGGGAGGUGUAGAGGCGUGUGCCGCUCGUAUCUAGAAGAAUCAUCGUGUACAUAAUCAGGGAUUAAAUGUUUAUAUUCCUUUAUUUUUGUUCUGUUUUUAAUUCCGAAUGAUUCUUCGGAUGUUUUUUGCGUCUCUGUGGUGUGUGAAGGAAACACUAGCUGAAGCUCUUUGAAUCGAAAUGAAGUGGAAUAUAUGUAAGCUUAAAUGAAUACAUUUAUAAACAUCUAUGAAAUCUCUCCUCUAUAUAAAUAUAUAUUUAUGGACUUGAAACCACACUGCCUGCAAAAUCCAGCUGAAUGUUUCUGUCCCCUCGUCGUUUGAAGGCCUCAGUUUUCCCCUUCGGUUUUACUCCUUUCUUUAACCGCUCUUUUUUUUAAACGUAACUUAAGCCCCGCCCCCCCCCCCCUCACUGCCGCCGUCUCCGGGAUGCCGGAUGUCUUUGUUUUUGUUUGUCUCCCUCGUUUGUGUGUCCUUUUCUUUUUGAGGUGUGAAAACAAUAAGGGUUUGUUUGUUGUUGUUUUUUUGGUUAAAACCACUGAGACUUAAACGUUUCUGCAGUGAAGGAAUCAAGGGACCAAUGUCUGCUUCACGUGACGGGUUGUGAGCGCCGUUCCUCAUAUGAAGGGCUUUCUGUCGUUGCCGCUCCUAUUUGCUUUGGUUUGUUUUCCCGCUCUUACUGCUGUCGGCCCGUCUCCCAGGAGGAUUUUGCACAUUGUAAAGAUGAAAUGGAUGUAAUCAUAGUUCACUGUGGCUUUAGACUGUACAGUGAAAACUAUGGACUGUAAAAUGUACGGGAAAGUUCCUAUGGAAAAAAACUGAAUCACUUGAAGAGCCUGUCAAAAGGUUAUCGUGCAUGCCCGGGUUCUUUUGAGACUAAGUGUGUAAAUUUUACUUUUAGUGUACACAAGAAAUUAAAAUAGAUAUCUUCUCUG